AUGUCCACUCCAAAGGUAGAUGCUCGGCAGGGGACAAUUGAAGAAGACGACAACUAUAAGAGCUUUCUUCAGCUUUUGGAACGAGGCGAGAACCCCAGUAAAGAGAAACCACCGCCACAACCUACCAUCGACCCAAACAAACCAGAAUCUACACCUCUUUUGGACUCUCUUAUUGCUGCAAAAAGCGGCAAGAAGGACGCAUCGAACAAGGCCGUGGCCCCAACCUCUCCGAGAAGCCCACAGGUCAAGCCUACAUCCGAAUCAAAUGCUCCAAAAGGAAAAGGAAAGGGCAAAGCAGCGGCUGGGGCUCCCUCUGAGCAAGCCGCGAGCUCGCACAAGCCGCCCAAACCAAAAGGUGCCGGCAAGAAGCCACCGGCACCUAGCGCCGAAGAAGCUGGUGGAGCAAAGACUUCGGAAGCGGACACUAAGGAAGAUACUACUACGAAGAAAACGGGCCAAGCAAAGAAGAAGAAGCAAGCGGAGUCGGCUUCAUCAAAAGCUGAACUGGGUACAGAGACGAGCGAGAAUGCGGAGAACAAUGCACCUAAAUCUGGGCGCGGUAGAGGUGGACGAGGCAGAGGCUCAGGUCUCGUACAGGUCCCGCGAAUUUUAACCAAGAUAAUCGCAGAGGGAACAUCGAAUACGCCAAAUGUCAAAUCAAAUCCACGAGGGGAGAGUGAAACUUCCUCAGGCGUCGCAGCCACACCCGGCGGGUCUCUUGCAACCUCUGACGGACCCGUAUUACCAUCGCCUUUGCCAGCGGUUUCCAACGUUUCAACAGAUGAUAGUGUAGUCACGCCAUCAAAUGGCCCUGUUCGUGGUGUGGAUCGGGGUCGACGACCCUUUAGAGCCCGAGGACGAGGACGAGGUCGCGGUAGAGGGGUCGGGGAUCCCGCAUGA